AUGGACGUAAAACCGGAAGUUAAUAGUGGCGCUACAGAGGAGAAACAUAAUCGUCCACCGCCGGUAAUCGAUGCUCCCACUAAUCCCAUGGUUACGCCGCUGCUCAACGAUCUCUAUCAGUUCACUAUGGCUUACGCGUACUGGAAAGCUGGAAACCAUAAAGAACGAGUUGUGUUAGUUUCUCAAUUCCUCUGUUUUCAUUCUAUAGUUUUGAUUUAUGCGAUUUGUUUGUUUCUAGAUGGAAUUGAUUACACUGGCUUUAGGGCAUAUUUGACUUAUAUUUUCGGAGAUUUGACUUAUAUUUUCGGAAAAAUCCCUUUGGUGGAAGAGAUUGCUUUUGUUCGAGAAACUUUAUCUCCUGCAUGUGAGGAUGCCUUAUUUGAUUACCUUGAAGGGAUUGAUUGUUCCGAUGUUGAAGUGUAUGCAAUUACAGAAGGGUCAGUUGUCUUUCCUAAAAUACCCCUGAUGAGAGUUGAAGGCCCAGUAGCUGUUGUUCAAUUGUUGGAAACUCCUGAUGUGAAUCUUAUAAAUUAUGCAUCAUUAGUCACCACAAAUGCUGCAAGACAUCGUUUUGUUGCUGGAAAAUCCAAACUUCUUCUUGAAUUUGGACUACGAAGGGGCCCAGAUGGUGGUAUAGGGGCAUCAAGAUAUUGCUACAUCGGAGGAUUUGAUGCAACAAGGCAUUUAUCAAAACUUGAAAUAUUGAAGCGUAACGGAAAGGGACCCGAAAGCAUAAUUCAUUACAAAGAGGCUGAAGGUUUUUUCUGGAUCAAUAUAAACAUCCAGGAAGCACAUUUAACAGAUCAAUUGAGUAAUGUUGAUUGUUGUUGGUUCACUAUUGCAAAAGUUGUUCACCUUCAAUUGAUUUCAACACGGAAGAAAGAGAGAGGAAAAUGGAAGAAUUUGCAUCUUUAUAGAGUUACCAAGAGGUUGAUAGUUCAAACGUCAGUAUUAAAAAAUAAAUAAAUAUUAACUAAAAUAGAAGUAUUAAAAAAGUUGGAAACUAUGGUGGCGGGUGCUCAGAAUGUGAAUGGGGUUGCAGUCGGUCGACUUGAAGGAUAUUUCGGUAAUUCGAGGUUUUGUUCUCAGGUUACUAAUGCUUAUGGCAAUGGAAUGGAAUCACAAAAGAACAUUUCAAUCUCUACAAUCAUGGAUUCCUUUCCGGUUUCAUGUAAAUACACUAUAAUAUUAUUCUUUUUUGCUUCUCAUUCCCGCUUUCAUAUAUAUUCCCGUUCAUAUAUAUUGAUGCAAGUAUGGAGUAUGUAUUUUGUUUUUUACUCAUAAUAAUGAAAAUCUCCUCAUCUAAA